UUCAUUUAACCAAAAAAAAAAAAAAAAAAACUUCUGGGAUUCGGCGAUCUCGUAGGGUUUUUGUUGAUUAGAUUCUGUGUUCCGAAUUUCAGACUUUCAUUGAUCAGUUUUCUGCCAUGGGAAUCUUCGUUUACCUCUGAGAAAUUAGUGUUUAUCGACGCGAAGUUAUGUGUUUUUAGUACAAAGUUGUUGUCUUUCUGGGAUUUUUUUUUUCGUUCUUAUUUGUCUGUAAGAAAUCUCAGUCUCUGAGGAAAAUUCUGGUUUUUAGGGUUGGGUGGUGUCUUGUGAGGUAAAAAUCUUGACUUUGUUGAUCCCCUUGUUUUGUUUUAGGUUGGUCUGCACAGAUACAUCAAGAUUUGGGCAGUGUUCUUAUUCACUUUGAUCAAAUCCCUAGGGGGAAUCCUUCAUCGAUCGAUGAUUGUCAUCGAGAGAGAAAUGGGCCCAAGGGAAUGCAAUAAAUGGGCAUUUUCAGGACUGGUAGUUGCUUUCCUGGAACUGGCUAUUGCUUAUAGCCUUCUAUGUGGAUCGGCUGUCGUGUUUCUUGCAUCGAAAUUCUUGCUUGCCUUUGGUCUGGACAUGCCUUGUCCCUGUUCCGGGAUUCUGGGGUACAAGAGCAAGGAAAUGUGUCUGCAUAGGCUUCUCUUCGAAUGGCCUUUGAGGAAAAUAUACAUGAUCCAGAAGCUGGCUAACGAUAGGCUGCCUUCUGGAAUUGAUUGGCAUCAAGAGCAAGAGAUCCUGGCCUCCUCGGUGGUUAGUUCGGAUGGAAAGAAUGGAAAUCAUGUUCUCAGAAUUGGGUACCAAAAAGGGUCAACCUCAGUUUCGGGACUCAGAAUCAAGAGUUCGGGUGAUAGAGAAAGUGAUCCGGAUGUUAGAACAAGGCAGAGUAUGAAUCAGAAGCAGAGGGUUACUGGUACCCGUCGCAGAGUAAAGCCGUCAUUGUUUUUCUUCAGAGGUAAUAAUGCUCAGGUGACUCGAGGUUGUGCUGACGAUACCGGGGUGAUGAAAAUCAAAAUCAACGAGGGUUCAGGGUUAGUAGACAAUGUGAAUGUGAAUGUUAGGGCGGGAGAAACUGAUGAAACGAGGGAAGAUUCUUUGUCUGUUAAGGACAUGAAGAAGCUGGAACGAGCCCUUCGUGAAGAGAGCUCUGCUCAAGCUGCUAUGGCUAUGGAACUCGAGAAAGAAAGGGCAGCGGCUGCAACAGCUGCUGAUGAAGCCAUGGCUAUGAUUCUGAAGCUACAAGCCGAUAAAGCUUCUCUUGAAAUGGAAGCAAAACAGUACGAGAGAAUGAUGGAGGAGAAAUUCGCUUAUGAUGAAGAAGAGAUGACGAUUCUGAAGGAGAUCCUCGUUAGACGGGAGAAGGAGAAUCAUUUUCUCGAGAUGGAACUCGAAGCUUACAAGCAGAUGGAUGAUGAUUAUCCAUUUGAACAUUGCAGAGAAACCUCGCAAGAUGAUUUGGGUCCUGCUGAAAAGGUUCUAUCUUUCCAUGAUGACAAGGAAGAGAAGGAGGCUGAUACGAAAAGCCACGAGAACGGUUCCUUGCCUGAGAAAGAACCGAUCAUAUACGAUGUUCAUGUUGUCGAGGAAAAUACCGAGAUUCCCGAGGGUAAGACGGAAAAAGUAGAAGAAGAAUACGUGAACGAGGGAUGUGCGAAAUCUGUAGAUUACAAGGCUAAGGAAACAGAUGGAGAGGAUUUCAUGGGAGAGAUGAUGAACCAAAUCUGGGAGGUGGUGAAGGACCAUGACAGUGUUUCUUCUUCACCUUCAUCAUCUAUGGUUUAGCCGAAGUGGUCGUCUCUUGGGGCCAGCCAAGGAAGAAGGCAAAUAAAAUAAUGGGUCUAGAAAUUAGAGACCGGAAAUGAACACAACGGAAAGUGCUAGUAUUACAUAAUUCAUGUAAUAUUAUAUUAUUAUUAUAAUAAUAAUAAUAAUAAUAAUAAUAAUAAUAAUAAUAAGCCAUUGGUAUAUUACAAAGUUCUAUGUGAAAACUUGCUACUUUCCGACUUCGUGAUUAUGGGGCAUACCAUAAGCCUCUAAUGCAUGUAUGUCAUCAGGGCAAAGAGAGAUCGAUGUAACGCCUUAUCAAUCAAAAUGGAAACACAAAAAUAAAAAUUUAAAAAAAAAACGACAGA